UACAUAUAUUAUGCAUCUUUAAUAAAAACUAUUCUGAGAAAAGAUUAGAAUCGAAAUGUUACAAUACCUAUUACCUAUCUACUAAGUAUCUACAAUACCUACAUAAUAAAGUGUGGCAAUAAAAUGCAUUGCAAUCUAACUCGUAUUAACGUAUUCAGAAGUAGCUUGACCGCUUUCAACAAUCCCCUACGUCGAAUAAAAAUCGGCAGGAAGCCAAAUUUAAGUGAGGUCGGGGCGCAGAAGAAUGAAAUGAAAAUAGCAAAAACACUCGCGAAGUUCUGCUAAAUAUAGCUGACCGCGCGCUGCCGCCGCUCAUCGAGUGACCCGCUCAGAGAACCAGUUUAACUGCCACCGCGAGACCCGUAGUCGCUAUGAGUAAUCAAAGAGUCAGCUUAUAGUGGUUAAUGUAAGCGGGCAAGCUCGCUGCGUGCUGUAAGGGUGCAUAAUAAUCCCUGGGCGGGCGGCGGCGAGCCAGUGCAGCGCCAGCGCGCGCGCCACGCUUUGUUCAAAGCUGCGAGCUUUUCAACAGCUUUGUGACGAUCUUUACUUUUCUUAACUUUCGUACUUUGCACCAAUAUAUUAAACGAAAAAUAAUUGCUAAAGUGAUGACAGUGAUAAAGUGAAUUUCAAGCAUUCCGUUUAAGGUUAUAGACGUGAUGUGUGAAAACGGGGCUAAUAUGUUCUAGUUUCGAAGUUUUCCUAUUUACAUCCGUGCAUCAUUCUUCGGCUCGUCGGUGUGUGAUGAGCGGCGCGGCAUCGGAGGCGGAGGGCGGGCGCGCGCGGCCGCUGUCGGGCGGGCUGUGGUCGCUCAUCUCGUGGCUGCGCCGCGACGACUCGGGCGCCUCCAGCGACAGCCUCUCCACCUCCAGCGGCGGCUCCGACCGCACCGUCGCCAGCUUCGCCUUCCUCGCGCCCGAGCGCUGCCGCCGCCCGCCGCCCCUGCGCCUGCCGCCGCCCGGGCCCCCCACCGACUCCUACAAGCGCCGCCUGCGCGACAGGAACACCAGGCUGCAGCACGACCGCGAUCUCACGCUCCAUCGCAAAUACGGACUCUUUCGGGGAGAGAACGGCUACGACGCUUUUAGCCUCCCCGCGGCGCGAAAGUCCAACGAGAACGACCGGGACGAGAGGGAGCGCCGAGCCGCGAGCGAGGGCGUGCAGCGGCGCGCGGCGCACGUGCCCGGCAAGCGCCGCGCGCCCGCGCCGCCCGCGCGCUGCGCCACGCUCGGGCCGCCGCGCCGCUCGCGCAAGCGCCCCGCGCCGCAACCCCCGCGCAGGGCCUUCAGCGAGCUCGCCGGGAACGCUCCCAUACCCGAGGAACCGCCUCUCGCUCGAACGGAUCUAGUCGAUUCCGCCUUGCGGCGAACCGUAAGCAUGGAUUGCGAGCCCGAAAAAUUCACAAAAAAAGACUCUAAGCCUCGAACGGAGAAGAGUUUCUUGAAACAGAUUUUUGAGGGGAGAAAGAGGAACUCGGCGAUCGACACCGUUCCCGAAAGGAUCCUGCCCAGUAUAAGUGAGCUGGACAAGCAGGCAGCUGAAAUAAUAGAGUCGUGUAAAUUGAAAGCUAUAGACCGAAGUGAUGAAAGGACCGCGGGGACGUCCAGAGAGCUGGUGACGCCGUCCAGAGGAGACAUGUGGUUCUGCACGAGAUGUCUUAGAAAAUACAAUGAUUCUGUCGUGACGUGUGGAUAUUGUAUAACUGAACAGAAAAUGCAAUUAAACAAAAAUGACAGUGAUCGUCGUUUAGCGAAUCGAUCUUCUAAUCACUACACACAAAUAGGAUUGGCAAAUGUUGCCUCGACGAGCGAAGUCAACGUAGUUGACGAGAAACAAAAGUUAAAAGAAAUGCUUAAAGAGAUUAAAGACUCCUUGCCUAAGAGACCUAAGCACGAGGUAAAAGAUAAUAAUAAUAUUGCACAAGAAAAAGAAAUUCCUAAAUCUUCUAUAGUAGAGGCUCCCACUCUUAGAAUAGGGACCAAAAUAGCCGAAGAAGAAAAAGUAAAACAUAACAGUGACAGUAAAACAGUAAAUAUCCAGGCAAAAUUAAAGAGUAACGAUGUAAGGGUCGUCACCAACACAGCAUCGACAUCGGCCACGGAAACGGCUGUAGUGACACAACCAAUAGUGUUACAACAUGUGCCGUCCAGGGAUGUAGUAAAAUUAGAACACUUUAAAAUCCCACAAUCCAAACAAGGCAAAUUAAGCAUAAAUCCGCUGACUGUUGUCGACAAUAAAAGUAUUAUUACUAGUUCAAAUUCAGUCACAAAUAAUAAUAUCCCUGAAAGUAAAUGUAAGAUUGACCAUGGUUCUUCCACAUCAGGCAGUGGUCCUUCAAAUGAACCUUUAAAAAUAUCCUCAUUACUAAAUUCAAGCCCAAUAAUCCUAAAACAACAAGAUCAAAGAUUUAGUAACCCAGCUACAGCAGCACAAGAAGCAAAAACAUUAGUAGCAGAUACAGUCUUAAAUACUGGUCUAAGAUAUAUAAACACGGCGACAACGUCAACUUCAGGGUCAAAAGCUGUGAACAAGACCAAAUUAACAUUGCAAGAACAAAUAAUAGAAAAACCACUUAAAACAACUAGUACAACGCAAACUUCUUCGAAUAUAGUUUUUGACAUUGCUGCGAAGUCUACACGAAAUACAACUGAUAGAGAAAUCGAUAAUGACCAACAAGUUAACAAUAAGCUAAGGAAUAUAAAAUCUGACGCCGAAAGAAAUAAUGCGUCACCUUCGCUUCCCACAAGAUCAACUUCGUUUGGAGUGCCUUCAUCAGGACCCCAUAUAAGUACAUUUUUUUCAACUCCUGGUUCAUCUACAGACGACAAACAAAUGAACAAAGACAAUAUCGGAAACCAGCAGAAAUCACUUUUUCAAAAUGCACCAUAUAAAAUAUCCGGUGAAAUACCGAAAUUAGAUACUUCAAGAACAUCUGAUAAUCGUCAACGUAAUCCUGCUUUGAAGGUGGUUCCUUUAGAUCUCCAUACAAGAAAAAGGGAUUUGAUUAACCAGCUUGAACAAUCCAUUGCUAAAGGAGACGAAAGAGCGGCUGCUGAUGCGGCAGCAAAGCUAGCGCAAUUAAAACUAUCCUGUUCUGUAUUGUCAUUCUCAUCACAAUUUGUUGGCCCACCAUCUACAUCUUUGUCUGUCGACCCUGUAAAGGAAACCAAUGAGACUAUAUCUAACAAGGUAGAGAUGGAGGACACGGCACAAACAAAUGAUCCUAAAAAAUCUAACACGACGUUGCCUGAUACUAUUGCAGCUUCAUCAAGUAAAGUUCCGAUUGAAAAGAAACUGGCCCCGAUACAGCUCAAAUCUGGAGAAUUGGAAAAGAAAAAUAAACAAGUUAAUAACGAACGUCAGAAAAUAAACGAACCCUCAACGCCUAAUAGAAACGAUGCAGCCGGAAAUGAUAACAUUUCGAUAGAAGUAUGGAUUGAAGACAGAGAAGCGGCUAGAGGACCUAUAAGGAUGAAUAUGCCUCGGGUAUCUGUAAUGGGCGAUUUACGGCGUCAAGCGAACGCGUCAUUUGGUCUGGCGACGCACUUACAACGGUGGAUCGUGGGAAGGACUCUAUGCACAGACGACAAGACGCCCCUCGACACGCUGGCGGGCCCAAAGUUUGACGCGCCAUUUUAUCUCUGCUUGGUCGAGCCAGAUACUAAUAAGCAAACUGCCUUGCGCCCUGGAUCAUCUUCAAAUAAUAAGACAGAAGAUAAUAAUCAGAACGUAGUACAACCAAAUGGAGAAAACAAGGGAACUGAUGUCUAUGCCGAAUUAGUUCUUCUGGAGCGACGAGCCCUCGUUCCGAAUACUGAAGAGUUCGAGUGUGGAGUUUAUGAAAAUUACCCACCUGGAGAAGGAACGGUUCUCAGAGAAUGCGUUCACACAUUCUGCAUGGAGUGCCUGUCAGACGUCGUGAAGCACUCGGAAGAGCCAGCAGUGUCAUGCCCCGCCAUGGGCUGCCCCGGGUUUUUGCAGGAGCGGGAAAUCCGCGCACUCGUACCUCCGGAGGAAUACGAGCGAUGGCUGGCGCGCGGACUGGCCGCCGCGGAGAGCGGCACUCGAAACGCAUUCCACUGUCGAACCGCCGACUGCCAGGGCUGGGCGCUGUGUGAGCCGGGCGUCACGAGGUUCCCCUGCCCUGUUUGCAAGCGGACAAACUGCGUUCCAUGUCAGGCCAUUCACGACGGAGACACGUGUGAACAGUAUCGCGCAAAGCGGCGAGCCGCCGAAGCCACCAACGGAACCUCGGCCGAAACCGACGAAGGAACCAGGGCCUUCCUCGACACGCUGAUAUCGCGCGGGGAAGCCCUCGAGUGUCCCGAGUGUAGGGCGAUCAUAACCAAGAAGUGGGGUUGCGACUGGAUCAAAUGUUCGGCGUGCAAGACGGAGAUCUGCUGGGUGACGCGCGGCCGCCGCUGGGGCCCGGCCGGGCGCGGCGACACCAGCGCCGGCUGCCGCUGCGGCGUCGGCGGCGAGCGCUGCCAUCCCAAGUGUGGCUAUUGCCAUUAACCUAUACCUACUUAUUCAAAUAUAAUGUCCAAAUAUUUUAAUGAUGUCAAUAAAAGUAUAAUAUAUCCAAUUU